UGCAGUGCGGGUGCCUGCGACUCUUCGGGAGAGGCCGGAGAGCGACCCGGAGGCGCGAGCUGUGGCGGCGGAGGCGCGCCUGAGCUGGCGGCUCGUGCGAGCUAGAACAUGACUGUGGCUUCGGCGGUGUCACUCGCUGGGCCGCCCUUCCAGAGCUUGUCCUAAGCCGUCCGCGGGGGGUCCCUUCCCAGGUUUUGUCCAUAGGUACUUACAGAAAAGAUGGCUGAUAUUAACCUCAAAGAAGUAACCUUAAUAAUAGGUGUGGUUACUGCCUGCUACUGGAACAGCCUGUUCUGUGGUUUUGUUUUUGAUGAUGUUUCGGCAAUACUGGAUAAUAAAGAUCUGCAUCCAUCUACACCUUUAAAAACCUUAUUUCAGAAUGAUUUUUGGGGAACUCCUAUGUCUGAGGAAAGAAGCCACAAGUCCUACCGACCUUUAACAGUACUGACAUUUCGCUUAAAUUAUAUGUUUAGUGAAUUAAAACCAAUGUCGUAUCAUCUCCUAAAUAUGAUUUUUCAUGCUAUGGUUAGUGUGCUGUUUCUUAAAGUCUGCAGACUUUUCCUAGACAACAAGAGUGGUGUGAUUGCUGCUCUGCUUUUUGCAGUGCACCCAAUACAUACAGAAGCAGUGACAGGUGUUGUAGGAAGAGCAGAACUUUUGUCAUCUAUCUUUUUUCUAGCUGCAUUUUUGUCAUAUACAAAGUCAAAAGGACCAGAUAAUUCCAUAGUGUGGACUCCAAUUGCAUUGACAGUGUUUUUAGUGGCUGUUGCAACACUGUGUAAAGAACAAGGCAUAACAGUUGUGGGAAUAUGUUGUGUGUAUGAAGUAUUUAUUGCCCAGGGGUAUACUUUGCCAUUAUUGUGUACUACUGCUGGACAGUUUCUCCGUGGAAAGAGUAGUAUUCCAUUUUCUCUGCUGCAGACACUGAUAAAACUCAUUGUCCUGAUGUUCAGUACGUUAUUACUUGUGGUAAUUAGAGUCCAGGUUAUUCAGUCACAGCUGCCAGUAUUUACAAGGUUUGAUAACCCAGCUGCUGUAAGCCCAACUCCUACAAGGCAGCUGACAUUUAACUACCUCCUUCCUGUGAAUGCUUGGCUUCUGUUAAAUCCUUCAGAGCUCUGCUGUGAUUGGACAAUGGGAACAAUACCACUGAUAGAGUCAUUUCUUGAUAUUCGAAAUCUUGCCACUUUUGCUUUCUUUUGCUUUCUGGGGGUUUUGGGAAUAUUCAGUCUCCGAUACCCUGGUGAUUCUUCUAAGACUGUAUUAAUGGCACUUUGUUUAAUAGCAUUACCAUUUAUUCCUGCAUCGAACCUUUUUUUUCCUGUUGGAUUUGUUGUUGCUGAGCGAGUACUAUAUGUUCCUAGCAUGGGAUUCUGUAUUUUGGUAGCCCAUGGAUGGCAGAAAAUUUCAAAGAAAAGUGUAUUUAGAAAGCUAUCCUGGGCCUGUCUCUCAAUGGUUAUACUUACUCAUGCCUUAAAAACACUACACAGAAAUUGGGAUUGGGAAUCUGAAUAUACAUUAUUUAUGUCAGCCUUGAAGGUAAAUAAAAAUAAUGCUAAAUUAUGGAAUAAUGUUGGACAUGCUUUGGAAAAUGAAAAGAACUUUGAGAGAGCUUUGAAAUACUUCUUACAGGCCACUCACGUUCAGCCAGAUGAUAUUGGUGCCCACAUGAAUGUAGGAAGAACUUACAAAAAUUUAAAUAGAACUAGAGAAGCUGAAGAAUCUUACAUGAUGGCCAAGUCACUGAUGCCUCAGAUUAUUCCUGGUAAAAAAUAUGCAGCCAGAAUUGCUCCUAACCACCUAAAUGUGUAUAUCAAUCUGGCCAACCUGAUCCGAGCAAAUGAGUCCCGAUUAGAAGAAGCAGAUCAGCUGUACCGGCAAGCAAUAAGCAUGAGGCCUGACUUCAAGCAGGCUUAUAUUAGCAGGGGAGAAUUGCUCUUAAAAAUGAAUAAACCUCUGAAAGCAAAGGAAGCAUAUCUUAAAGCACUAGAGUUGGACAGAAAUAAUGCCGAUCUUUGGUAUAACUUGGCGAUUGUGUAUAUUGAACUUAAAGAACCAAAUGAAGCCCUAAAAAACUUCAAUCGUGCUUUAGAACUAAAUCCAAAGCAUAAACUAGCAUUAUUCAAUUCUGCUAUAUUAAUGCAGGAAUCAGGUGAGGUUAAACUCCGACCUGAAGCUAGAAAACGACUUCUGAACUAUGUAAAUGAGGAGCCACUAGAUGCUAAUGGUUAUUUCAAUUUGGGAAUGCUUGCCAUGGAUGACAAAAAGGACACUGAGGCAGAGAUUUGGAUGAAAAAAGCCAUUAAAUUACAAGCUGACUUCAGGAGUGCUUUGUUUAAUCUGGCUCUCCUCUAUUCUCAGACUGCAAAGGAAUUAAAGGCUCUGCCAAUUUUAGAAGAAUUACUCAAAUACUAUCCUGAUCAUAUCAAGGGCCUCAUUUUAAAAGGAGACAUUCUGAUGAAUCAAAAGAAAGAUAUACUUGGAGCAAAAAAAUGUUUCGAAAAAAUCUUAGAGAUGGAUCCAACCAAUGUGCAAGGGAAACACAAUCUUUGUGUGGUUUAUUUUGAAGAGAAGGAGUUACUGAAAUCGGAAAGAUGUCUCGUUGAAACAUUAGCAUUAGCACCACAUGAAGAAUAUAUUCAGCGCCAUUUAAGUAUAGUCAGAGAUAAAAUCUCCUCAUCUGAUUUUGUAGAACAGCCAGCACUCCCAGCUGAUAAGAGUACAGGUGGAGAAGAAAAAGACAGAAUUCCAACUAAAAAUGUAAAAGAAAUCAGAAGUGAGUCUAGACCAACACAGAUAACAAAAACAAGUGAUGAUCAAAGUCAGUCUAAAUCCAACAAACAAUUGGAGAAAAAUACAAACAAAGAGGCCCCCCAAAAAACAAAAGACAUCAAAGAAAUUGAGAAGAAAAGAGUCGCUGCUUUAAAAAGACUUGAAGAGAUUGAACGUAUUUUAAAUGGAGAAUAACAUUAUUCUUUAUCAUGUGACAAUGGUAUCAAAAGACUUUAAUCUUUAUCAUGUGAUUCCUUGUAUUGGGAGCUUUGAAAAACAGAUCUGUAACUCUCUUUAUGAGGUGAUUCUACAUGGAAUGAAAGUAAGAUUUUUCAUUUAAGACCUAUCUUAUCCCAAAAUAUAUAUUACACAAAAUUGGCAGAAGUUUCGGUUUUGGUGAAUACAGCAGAAAUAUCAAAUUGUAGGUGACAAUUUUGUAACUUCUAUUACAUAAGGAAUUUUUUUGGCAAGAUAAUGUUUACUACUCAGAAUUUAAGAGGCUGACUGGUGAUCCCUCGAGGACAAAUUGAACAUAAGCUGUUUUAUUCUGUGAAUUCCCAUUUACUAACCUACUUCAUUUUCCUCUUACUGCUUGAAACCUGGUGAUGGGAUGAAAACACCUACUGAUGCUUUUUCUUCAGCAGUUUUUAUGUUGAACCAAGAGAUUUUGCACUAAAAAAGCAUAGUGACCUUUUUAUGUUAUGUUCUUUGAUUUGUAGAAGAAAUGCUGGGUACCUGUUUUGAAAUGAAUCAUAUGACAUGUUAGUUUAGGAAUGUAUUUUCAUAAUUACAUACUUACCCUUAAUUUAACUCCAAAAUGCAGUUUUUAAUAAGGUAAGGAUUACACACAUAUAUGCAUAAAUAUACAUAUAUCUGAUGGUGCUCAUGAAUACUGUAUUUUUUUUUUUCCACAUCAGGUAUCACAACAUGAACUAUAUAAUCAUGACUGUUCUUUGACUUUUACUCUGAAUUUUUUGUUUUUUAGGGACAUAGUCAUAUUUAGAAGUGUCAGUAACCUUAAACUUUGAAGUAAUAAUAGUAAGCUUCUCUUUCAUCUUAGUGUUGACUUUGAUUUUCUUUGAAUUUUAUUUUGUUUCCAAGUCAUGCUAUAAUCAUUCGUAGAUACCUUAAGUCACUCAAGCCUCUGUUUAACUAAAGGCAAAGUUGUGUGACAGUUUAUUUUUAACACUAAAUUCUUGAUAUCUUCUUGUGGUAUAUAUUUUUAUUAAAUACUAUUUAUUUUGACUACUGAGCUUUCAUAAAAAUUGUAAAGCUGUUUUAAUUAUGUAAAGUAUGGAAAACUAAUUACUAGUGCAUUUGCCUAUACAUGCUAUAUAUAUUAUGGUUUAAGAACAAUUAUGUCACUGUUGACUUUUCUUCACUUAUAAAAAUAAUAACCUAAUACCAGAUUAAUAAAUUUGUGAUUUGGUUUUGAUAUUUUAAAUCUGGAAGCUAUGUUAGGUUAAAAGUAGCUAUAAAUUAAAAAUUUUAGACAUGAUUUUUAUUGAGUUAAGAUCUGUUUCAGAUGAGGUUUAUAAUAACGAAGUUGACUUAGUUUAAAAUGCUAAAUAAAGCUCAAGUUAUUCUGGGAUAGUAAUUUCUAAUUAUGCACUAUUUCAAAAAAUAUUUUUAGUUCCUUUAAGGUAACUAAUUUCUAAUUAUAUGUCUCAGAAACCAUAUUCUUGUAAUUUUAAGAAAUAUUUUAUAAAUAGGUCACAAAAAAUAUGAUCUUCAUUAAAGACCUAGGUUUACUGAGUUCCCAGGGGAUAUGGCAUAGAUUUUUCCUUUUUUAAAGGAAAUUUUAAAAGAAGCACUGAUAUCAUGGGUUUUAAUUCUUAACCCAAGAGAUUCUGUUAAGCAUCAGAAUCUAGUUUCAGUUCUUAGACUAUGGCUUUGUGACUUUGUAUGUGACUUCAUGUAUAAGGUAGAGAGUACCUCAUAUACCGUGACUUGAAAAAUUAAACUGUUGUUUUGUUCUCUUCAUGUAUCCUAAGGCAAGUUUCUUGAGUGUAAUCUCUUUGGGUGCAGUUUCAAUUGAAAGACAAUUUAGAAAAGUAAUAGGAAAUCUUUUAUGACAGGAGACUAUGAUAAAAGUUUAAGGUGCAUUUUAAUAAAUUGAAGGUACAUAGUAAUGUUUUCCAAUGAUUUCUAAUAGAAAAUUCUUAUUAGCACUUAAUGUCUAUCACAGGAAAUAUUCAUAUAUUUGAAUUUUAAGUAAUUUAUUUAAAUAAAAUCCAUCCCAAGUUAUUAGUGUUCAAAUUAAAGAUUCAAUAUAGACAUUAGUGAAAUCUGAAAUUCUAAGAUACAGCUAUGCUUUAAAGUUUUCCCUAUACUUUUCUCUGAUUCUGAUUUGUUUUAGUGUUAAGGGACUGCUGCUCUAAAUUGUUUCAGUAAAAUCUCUCUUGGGUUAACUUGUUGAAUUAGUAACAUAAUCCAGUUUAGUUUUGAUAGUUUGUUUCAUGAAGGAGCAUAUUCUGAUAACUAAUACUCCUUGAAGGAAGAUCUCAACUUUCAUGCAGCUUGCUUAUGUGUAGUGUCUCAUCAAUGAAUUCAAAAUAAAAACUCAAUUCAAAUUGUUAAGGUGAGGAAAAGUGCUGGGCUUUUUUUUUCCUCUUGAGCUUACUUUUUGAAGAGAUAAUGAGACCGAUAAGCCCAGUUCACUAAGCAUGGUUUGGGAAUUGUAGUUGUCUGUUAAAUUCGGAGAAAAAAGCCUGUCACUGGUUUAUGUCCUGUAAAUGAAUGUAGUUUUAAUUUUCAGUAUUUUGCAAAAGCUUUUACUCCCCAGAAAUUCUAGCAAAGCUUUGACAAUCCCUAAGGAGUUGUGUCAUUUUAUUCCUUUACUACUUCUGGAAGGUAAAAUGAAAUUUCUCAAGUUGUUUCUAUGUGUGGUUCCUUAUAAACAUUUGAAAAUGGGAACUUAAAAUUAUUCCAGUAAGUAGUACUCUCAAGUUAAUGUAGGGAAUAAAGUAAAUAAACAUGUAAUUUUGUUUUGCAAUUUUGUGUUUACUAUACUAUAAAUAUUUAGUAAGUAAAUUACAUAAUUCUAAUAAAACCUCAUGCUUUUUCAUUACAUCCAAUUUGAGCUCUCAACUUUAUAUUAUAGAAUGCUUCUUCAAAGAUGCUUUAAUUAAAACUAUUAAGAAAAUAUAGAUUUGUAUGUCAGUUUAUACUUCAGAAAUCCAUAUAUUUGUCAUACUUAUUUUUUUAAAAGCCUCCUAAUUACAUGACUUAAAUGGCAUUUAAAAUUAGCUCCUCCAAAAUAUCCAGUAACUUUGUCCAAAUUUUUAUGUGUUGGAAGCAGCCAGCCAUCCAUAUUGAGUUCAUAAGAAAGUUGUUUUCCAAUUGUAUGCAUUUUAUAUUACUGUGGUGUCUGUGUGUACCGUAUUUCUAAAUAUUCAGUAUUAAAUUGAUUCUUUUUA